CUGGCACUGUACCUUGCAGCAGGCUGGCCUAUCCCAGCCAGGGUCACCGACAGGGCAGCUCUCAUGCCAACCUUGUUCUCCCCAUGUAGUGCCUCUGUCACCUCCUCUCCAGCCCAGGGGAGAGGAGCAGGAGAUGUCUACAGCAAAGGGGGGAAAAAAGCAGAGCAAAAGUCAGGCUCAGAUGGAGGCUUGUCCCCCUCUGUGGAAACCCAAGCGUUCCCAAUUGUAGGAUGUUGGAUAACCCCAAAACUGGCAGGGGCUGCACAUGCAGAGGCUGCACUGGCGCAGUUCAGAGCCUGUGGCAACGUCGUGCACUCCAGCACAGGGCACUGGAUGUGACCAAGGCCCCAGGACUCACCCUGCAGCUGGCUGAGCACCCCAGGCCCCAGCAGCAGGUCCUGCCUGCAGAGCCACUGCUCACAGCCACGCCUGGCUCUGCGGGGCAGGCGGAGCGGGGUAAACGGCUCCACAGGAAUUAGGGGGAGGGAGGGAAAGGAUUGCCACCUCAAACUGAGUAUUGCACUAAAUGACAGCUAGAACCUUCCACAGGAAAACCUUCAGUACUGAGUAGGUUUUCAUUUCUUUCCUGCUAGUGAGUGAUGGAUGCAAUGGUCUGGAACACCCAGAGCACAAGCACCGGGUGUCUGUGCUGGAGGCUUCAAGGAUCUUCCUUAUCCCCUGUCCCCUUGUCCCCCCCAGCCUUCCUGCAGAGGCUCAGUUGUAAUUAACCUAAUUAAGCUAAUGACCCUAACGCACCCACUCCACUCUUGUUUUGCAGAUUAUAUGAAAGAAUCCGUGUGCAGCUCCAGCACUUGUUCCCUGAACAGCAGUGAAAACCCAUACGCCACCAUUAAAGACCCCCCCAUUCUAACCUGCAAACACUCCGAGAGCAGCUACGUGGAAAUGAAAUCACCUGGUCACAGGGAGUCCCCCUAUUCCGAAAUGCCAACUUCAUCAACAGCCAACAAAAACAUCUACGAAGUUGAGCCCACAGUCAGCAUAGUCCAAGACGGCCGCAGUCGGAGCGCCAGCUACCUGCAGAACCCGUACGACCUGCCCAGGAACAGCCACAUUCCCGGGCACUACGACCUGCUGCCCGUCCGGCACAGCCCCACCCACGGCCCUUCCUGGGACAAGCAGUCCUAGAGGCACGGACCUCACUGGGCACUGCUGCCAACACUGACUGGGAGGAAGCAGAGGAGAAGCUGCUCCUUCCUUUCCUGUGGACUGGCAAGGACCUGACACGACAUCAGCUUGGGCCAACUGCUGCUGCAUGAUGUUAUUUAUAAAGACAUUUUUGUAUGGGUACCUGGAACUAAUGAGAGCCUCCUCCAUGUGGGACUGGAGCACAGCACCCCAGGAAGGUCUUCAUGCUCCAGGCAAAAACUCUCCCUGGCGUGUUCUAACCCUGGCUUUGCUGUAAAAUAAACCACAAAAACAUGCUAAGUAGAGGACUUCAGGAUGUACAUUUCUACCAACUGCAUCGAGAAACCUUGUACUGAUAGGAACAAGGUGACGAGGAAUACGCUGGAAUUUAUUUUCAUCUUUGUCAUGGGAAUGGACAUUUUUCUGAAUGAGAGCAGGGAAAUCUGUCAUUUCACUGUCUGCAAUGCUCAUUUACUGCCAUCACCAUGUGCAACCUGUGCAGAUCAUGCUUGGUAAUUAGCAUUGAGAUUGUUAUCUCUGUAUUCAGUACCAGAGAAUUUGAGCUGGGGAAUAUUAACACAGACACUUUCUGUGUGGUUUUUAAUGUCCUUCCAAACGUCCCCUGAUCUUUGCUAAUGAAUGGAGUUUCCACAAUGAGUCUCACACCCAUCUCACCACACUUUUAACGCUGAUUGGCACAGGUAGGCUUUGAUUUUCCUUAUGCAGCUUCUCUUUUGGUAGUUAAGUCCAGCAGAUCUGUCAGGCAGUUUAAGCUGCUGCCCUUCCAAUUUCUGCCCUGGGACACUGCAGGUUUGCACAGACCAGCUCUGGUUUCAUUUCCUUUCUCAAAGCUGAGCCACACCGGCUUCUCUCUCCCAUCUUCCCAAACCAUCUCCUCAUCAUUCACUGUCAGCAUGCCACUGAUGACACCUCUUAAUCUGAUGUGCAUUACCAUGUAGUGCCACUUUAUCCGUUGAUGAUUCUACCUGAAAUGUCAUUAAAUGGAGCUGAAACUGGGUUUUCUUUUUCAGCAGCUGUUUGUGAAGUAAUUAUCAAGGGUCUGACCUAUGGUAAAAUUUUGGACUGAGCCACCAUUAUAUUUUUUUUAAUUUAUAAUCUCUAUUGACCUAGAAAGUAGAGUACUUGCCGUUAGUUCCUUGUAGAUUUUGAGCAUGAAGUAGUAUUGACUCUAAGUAUGUAAUUUUAUUAGGCAAACGUGGAAGUAGCAAGUUGAUUGCCUUUUAAAUAUAAAACUAUUCUGUUGCACAUUGCCAGUCUGAUGGAAGCAGAAGAGGAUGACACCAGCCCCGUGGGUUUGCUCACAGCACAGUCCCAGUGUGACCUGCUGGGCUCAGGGACUGGCAAGAGGAGCCCUGGGGGCAGGGCUGGAUCCAGCUCUGGGAAUGCUCCCGGAUCCUUGGGGCACCGUGGUGGGAUGUGCCCACAUGCCUGGGAUCACAGCUCCUGGCUCUGGGAAUUCUGCCCCUGGAGCCAGGACUCUCCAGGUGGUCAGGCUGGCUCUGAACCCCCAGUCUGAGCCUGGACACCCCCAGCUCUGGGAGCAGGAGCUGGCUGAGCUGCAGGAUCCUGCCCACGAGGUUUCCUGAGUGCUGCACGUGUGCAUGGGGCCGUGGCUGAGCAGCAAUAGCAGUUUUGUUUUCCAGGAAAGCCUUAUUUGAGAUGUAAGGAAGCAAUUCUUUUGUAGGCCCAGUAGGAAUAUAUUUUACAUUCAUGAAUGGAAGGACUUACCUCAAAAAUAUCAAGAGAAAGGCAGUUGGAUAAGGAAUAUUCUCGUUAUGACCCACCUUGGCACCCAGCACAAGCAGCCUGAGCUGCUGGCCUGACCCACGUUUGUGUGUUGCUGUAGUUUGCAAUGAGACUCCAAAGAGCAGAGAUGUGCUCAAUUGUUUGGUUUGUUUUUUUCAAAGCAGGAUUUUGAAACCAAAUGCAAUGAUGUGCAUAGAGCCUAACAGGAAAAAAAAAAAAAAAAAAAAAAAAAACAAAACCAACAAAAAAAAGGUACCUUCUUGUAUAUCAGCGUUAGCUUAGGAAACAGGCACCAAAAUGGCAAUACUUUUUUAAGGCAAGACAGAUUUGUAAUAUAUUUGUUCACUGUGCAAAGGUAUCCUACCUUGUACAAAAUAAAUUGAAUUUCUCUCAA